AUGAACACCAUCGACGUCUCAGACAACCCGCAGUUCGUCAAAGAUAUGGCCAAGCAGAGAUCGUUAUUUCAAGCUGCCCAGUCUCAGAAGGGCCAGCAACCUCCAGAAGGAAAGCCUCGAGCCGAACUGAUCAUGGACUUUAUGUUCCAUCUCGCGAUCAGCAACGACCAGCCCGGCUUUAAUCUGCGAACCUCCUUUGUCCCUCUUGCUUACCCCCCAUGCACUGCUCCUGUGAGCGAAUUAAAGCAGAUAAUGAUUGAGGAUCUUCUUCUGGAAACUCAUCACCGCGGCCGCUACAUCCUUCUCAGAACAGUCACUCCUCCGCAUCGAAUGACUGCCAUCAUGGCUAUCGUGGAAGACGAGCAGGAUGAUGUCGUCAGAUUCCAAAUGUACCACCAGCACAAAACUGAAAAGGUUCUGGAGGAAGGAACUGUCAUGAUUCUGAAAGAACCUUACCUGAAAGUUUCAGCGACUGAUGGUGGCUAUGCGAUUCGUGUGGAUCACCUCUCGGACGUGAUCUAUCUCCCCAAGCAUGACGAGCGAAUUCCCAAUCGCUGGCAGCCGAGACUUGUGGAGAUCAUCACCUCUGCUAGCGAGUGGAAGGAGGCCGGGAACGCUUAUUUCUACAAAGCCAAAUUUCGCGAAGCUCUCGAUUGCUACUUCGAAGCCCUCAAUUGCUCACCCAUGGCACAGGAAGAACAGGCUCUCCGGCUCAAUCGCGCUCUUUGCUUUCUCAAGAGCAGCCAGUUUGAUUCCGCACUCGCUGAGCUCAAACCACUGGUAGAAGUUGCACUGCCUACCGAAAAGGCUUUACUCCGCCAUGCCCAAGCUCUCUACUGUCUCCAGAAAUACCGCGAGUGCUGCGAAGCCCUCAAGGUCCUUCGAAAGCAAUACCCCGAAAAUGAGACUGCCAAGGAGAUGUUCUCCCGCGCCAUCGAGCGAGUUGCAGAGCAAGAAAAGGGCAGGUACCGGUUCAAGCUCAUGCAAGCGGAAGCGAGCAAGCUUCGUCCACCGCACCUUGACCAUGCGACAUACGUUGGCCCAAUUGUUGUCAAGCCCUGUGAGCAGGGAGGACGUGGUCUCUUUACCACCCAGGCAGUCAAAGCUGGAGAACUUCUUCUCUGCGAAAAGGCACUCGCGCAUGCUUUUAUCGACGAGGAGGUUACGUGCACCGGCGCAGAUAUCACCGUGCUUAUCAAUACUGAAGCAAAUACUAUGACCAUGGGAGGACAGACGGAUCUCAUUACCAUGGUUAUCCAGAAGCUUUACCGGAACCCAUCGCUGGCACCGGUCAUCAAUAAUCUCUACCACGGAACAUACGAGGCUGUCGAUGUUUCUCACGUUGACGGAAUGCCGGUGGUUGACACAUUUCUGGUUGAACGUGCCGUAUCCUACAACUGUUUCGGCUGCUGCCUCUCCUCUCGCGAAUACCACAUGCGAUUCGAGCUGAUCGUCGACGAUCUAGACCCGGACAAGGCCUUCCACUCCUGCGGUCUCUGGCCAUUGGCAUCAUCCAUGAACCAUUCGUGCAACAGCAACGCCGACCACACCUACAUCGGGGACAUGAUGAUCGUGCGAGCCAGCAAGAACAUCCCAUCCAACACCGAAAUCACGCUCAUGUACCAGACUGCCAGCCCCGACAGCAACUGCGAACUCCAGAAGCGGCUCCGCCACUGGGGCUUCCAGUGCGACUGCUCCAUCUGCAAGGACUUCCAGUCCACGAAGAAGAGCAUCCUCGUCAAGCGCAAGAGACUGCGGAAUGAGCUGUACAGGUGCUUCAAAACCACCGACGGUACGCCUCGCAGGCGAAUUGACACGCCCAAGAUCGAGGCCCUCAUCAAUGCCAUGGCGGAGACGUACGCCUGCCCGCCCACUGAUGUCCCGCGCUUGUUCAUGUGGGCGCCUCUGCUGUGUCUAGCGCAGAGGUAUGCCGACACUUGCCAGCCGGCGAAGGCUGUCAUGGCAGCGCUGAAGACUUUCGAAUGCCUGGGGUAUGUCAUCGAGGGUGGAAUGUUGCCUCAUAAGCCUGGCACACCGUUGGUGGUUAAGCAAUGGGGAUACAUGGCUGAUACACUUGUUCAGUGUUGGGGCAUUCUUUGGGCCUCUUAUUAUGUGGUUGCGCCGGACCUUUUGGCGCAGGUUGAUCAGAAUGCUAGGCUCACGUACAGGGUUUGUGUUGGUGAGGAUGAGACCUAUGAGCAGACUUAUGGGAAGCACGCGAUUUGA